AUGAAUACUCCACCAGCAGUUUCUACUACAAGAUCAAAAGAUGGUUCUACAUCGAACGAUGAUGUUCAAACUGGUGAACAUAUUUCAACAACAUCAUCAUUAUUUCAACCAACUGGUACAUCUCCUCGAGCACAAGUCACAGUUGGAUCUACUGCAACACCUAACACAGCUAAUCCAACAUUUGCAGUAUUAAAAGCAACAACACUUCAACAAGCUUUAGGACAUCCUGUAACUUAUGCACGAGUAUUAAUGCAGAUUGGAUAUGAACCAUUACCUGCUUAUCGUGGUAAAACUUUAUUUGGAAAAGAAACUUUAUUUUAUCCAAAUGUUUUUCGAUAUCUUAAAUAUGUUUAUAAUAUUGAUGGUGUUAUGGGUUUAUAUCGUGGAUUUGGUUGUACACUUUUAUCAAAAUUAGUUUGUUGGUAUACAACAACACAAGUUGAUCAGCUUCUUGGACCUGUUGAAGUAAUAGUACCAAAUGAUGAAACUAAACCAAGAUGGAAUGUUUGUGUGAAGAAAACUUUACGAGAAGUACGAUGUCAAUCAUGGGGAAUUUUAUUAUCACAUCCAUUUCAAGUUAUGGCAAUACGAUGUAUGGGACAAUUUAUUGGUCGAGAAAAUGUUUAUUCAUCAAUAAAUAUUAUUCAAAAUUUUCAAGAAAUUUAUAAUAAACAAGGAAUUGGUGGAUUUUUUGUUGGUUUAAUUCCUCGUUGGUUACUUGAAAUAACUACUAUUAUUAUAUCAAAUGUACUUAUUCAUAUGCUUAAAACACAAUUACCUACACAAAGUGAAAUGUUACCAUUAUAUGAAUAUUUCGCUGCUUUUGUUGCUCAAACUGUUACUUAUCCAUUAAGUGUUGUAACAACAAUAAUGACCGUUAAUCGAAGUGGUCUUCGAGCUGGUAUGUUACCUAUUUCGCCUAUCUAUGCAAAUUGGCAAGAUGCAUAUAAACAAUUAAGCAAAACUGAACAAUUAAAACGAGGUUCCAGUUUUUUUAAUCGUGUUGCUAUUGGUACAUUUGGUCUUCCUGCGCCGGGCACACCAAUUCCAAAUGCUUAG